AUGGAUGGAUACAGACUAGAUGGAUAUAGGAUGGAUGGAUAUAGGAUGAAUGGAUGUAUAGAUAGAUGGAUUGAUGCAGAAUGGAUGGGUACAGAAUGGAUGCGCAAAAAUUCGGGCCUCAAAACUGAGCAAAAAGAUAUCAUUUUCCCCAAUAUAAUAAAAUGUAUACGUAUAAUUCUAAUAGAAAAGCUUAACAACAGAUCAAUUUAA